UAGCCUGUGUGAAAGUAACCUCAUCUCCUGGCUAGUAGCCCCUAGUCUGCUCUACAAGCCGCAUGGGGCGUCUGGGGUAACCAGGCAACGCGUUGCCGUAGUGACUGCGGACACGCAGGCCCGGCCUGAGGGCUCUGGGCCGGUCUCGGGUGAAGGGUCGCGGGGUAUCGCGAGAGUUGCCAGGCCGGCCGGUUGCAGGCAUGGCUGCUCAGCGUGGGGUGCCGCCGAUGCGGAUGCUGGAGGAGGCGCUGGGCAUCAGUUUGACAUCCUCGGGCGACACGCCGGAGCCGGUGGCCGCAGACGGUGCCUACUACCUGGAGCAUGUCUCCAUAACUGAAGUAUCGGAAGAUGACUGUGAAUACGAAGAGAUACCAGAUGACAAUUUCAGCAUUCCAGAAGGAGAAGAAGAUCUGACAAAAGCAAUUAACAUAAUUCAAGAGCAGGCCACAGACAUUGAGAUUUUGGAGCAGACAACAGUUCUUCCUUCAAAGCAGGUAGUACACGAAGCCAUAGAAGACUUUCUCUGCAAUUUCUUGAUCAAAAUGGAAAUGAACAGAACUCUGGACUCCUUUCAGGCAGAGUGGUAUGAGUUAAUACAGAAAGGAAAAACUGAGUUUAGUGAGAUUGGGAAUGUUCCAGAUGUCUACAGCCAGGUGAUGCUUUUAGAGACUGAAAACAAAAACUUGAAGAAAGAUUUGAAACACUUCAAACAGGCAGCUGAAAAGGCCAGGGAAGAGCUGCUGAGGACGCAGAAGGAGCGGGAUUUCCACCGCAUGCACCACAAGCGCACGGUGCAGGAGAAGAACAAGCUCAUUGCCGAUCUGAAAGGGUUGAAACUGCAUUAUGCGUCUUACGAACCAACUAUAAGGGUGCUACAUGAGAAGCACCAUGUUUUGCUGAAGGAGAAAAUGCUGACCUCCUUAGAAAGAGAUCAAGCUGUUGGGAAGAUUUCUGGACUUCAAGCAUCACUGAAGAACACAGAGAUAGCGCAUAUUCAUAUCCCUAAAAUCAAAGGAUUUCAUGAGGCCGCUUCUAUCUCUGGAGAUCAGGGAGACAGUGGUUCAGCUGGUUACAGUUGUGAGAAAGAAAACAAGUCAGAAGCCCCUACUCAGAAAGGUCUUCAUGAAUCCAAACAGGACAGUGGAUAUAAAACAAAGAUGAAGGAUGAUAGAAAGGCCAUCUUCAACAGAAUCCAAGAGGGUGCUAAUAUGGUCAGUUCAAGAUCAUCACUCUAUCCAACUCCAUGCCUCCAUCAGCAGAAAUGGAGAGGGCAUUCUCCAACUUGGAAUAAGAUCACGCCUCAACAGGACGCCAUUAGCAAAAGACAGCAAAGUUCAGGAACACUCAGAACAAGACAGCCCAGGACAUCUUUUCCCUGUCAGCCCAAGUCAAAUGGACGAUUCUGAACAAUACAUCUUCCUUGUUUUUUUCCCCCUCAUCUUGUCUUUUAGCAAUACUCGUACUUUUCUUCCUUGUUAUUUUGGGACUUUUGAAGGUGCCCAAGUUUUCAGUGCUUCAUUUAUUUUCAGAAUUUUAUUCUCACCAUCCCAUCUUUUCUGACCCCAGCUCUUUCUCUAAUGUCUGAAACUGCUUGUGCUUGAUAGACUCAAGUUCAUUUUGAUGUUCAGCUGUAAUGUUCCUCCUCUCCUGUGCCAUUGGAAACCUAGCUUCUCCUAGUGAUAGUUGUACAGCUAGUGGAGGUGGGGAAGAGUGUCAGAAAUACAGCAGAGCAGUUGGUGCCACCCUCUAACUCCACUGAAUUUGAGAUGGAGACUGGUACAGUCAGUCUCCUGGGCCAGCUCCACCCCACCGUGUCUUGAACCACCUUGGGUGUUUGUUUUCUCUCUACUCAGUCAGUCACUGGACCACUGAAUCUUAGCAUUAAGUCCUGUUCUUUCUUUUACUACCUUCAAUGCUUCUCAUUACCUCUCACUUGAAUACUCCUUCCCUUGAAACUCAUUUUGAUCAGAUUGUCCCACUCAUGAAAAUUGUUUAUUACAGACACAUCCUUUCUAGUGUUUUUUUAAAAAUAUAAAAAAGAAACACUGAAUCCCGGAGACAUUACUUUUUUCUUUCUUUUUAGAAUUCCUGCCAUGUUCUCAUGGAUAAUUGACAACUGGCCUUUCAAUUUCUUGAUAUUUGUCCCCCGUGAGCCCACUUCAUCCUUCUCAGCCACUCAUUCUCACAGCCAUUUCUUAGCUCUUGUUGCUGCUCAUAAAUGAUCCGAUUUUCACUUACCAUCUUGCCCCGCCUCCCGAGGCCUGCAGGUAGACCAGCAUUCAGUUUGUACAUGUCUUCUGUCACCCACCAUGUGGGGCAGGGCUUUAAGAUCUACCCACAGACUCCUGACAGUAGUUUACAUUAUCUGGGUUCAUCUCUUUUCUGAACUCUGAUUUUAUGUACCCAACAGCCCACUUGAUAGCUGACCAGAUACCAGUUUUUUCCACGGUUUUCUCUAUUUACUUUUCCACAUUUGUUAAGAGAAAUGCCACCCUUCCUGUUCCUUAACCAAAAUCCCUCUGCAGUUAUACUUGAGAUUCUGAGGUUUCUCUGACUGACUGACUGUCCUCACUUUUGAUAUGAAAAAAAUAUUUUGGUAUGUUCUUAAAGAUUACCUUUCAUCUGUUCGUAAUACCAGCACUGUUUGCCUUCUCACCUCCUCCCCCAUCUCCAGCCCUCACUGUAGCUCUUGCAUAUAUGUAUGUGCCCUUCAUCUGUAACUAAGAUCAUUGUAGAAACCGCCAAGUUAGUCUCUGCUUUUGUCUUCAUUGUCCUGUGAACACAGUAGCCAGAGCCACCAUUUAAAAUGGCAUCAAACAGCAUUUCUUUGUUGAAAUCUUUUCAGUGGCCUUCUGUCUUAACCACAGGUACAGGGAAUUCCAGACAUGCUGAUCUCCAAGGCUCUAUGUGUUCCCACCUCUUUUUCUUGUGCCACAUACCGCAUCCACAGCCAUCCCCUGACUUUUCACAACACUGUCCUAAUGCACUUACAUGUGAAGCAUUCUCUGGGUUUCUCUGUCACUCCUGGCCUGUCUAAGUUGCUCUUGCUUACCCCUCGCUGCUUCUUGUACCUCUUUCCUACUGUGCUUUUCCCUUCUUGCUCACACAUGUGUCUACAUGACACAAUGUACUGAUCAACUUGUUCAUCACUUGUUCAUCGCUGUUGUUGUCACUGAAGUGUGAUCUCCAUAAGAGCAAGAAAGCGUAGCUUCUUAUUCAGUGCUGUGAUGCUUUCUGCCCCACAUCUGGAAAACAGAUGUCACAGGUGUAAGUUAAAAUGUGUUCUGAGAUCGUUGUAUAAAACGUAUUUUCUUAGCAUGGCUUAAUCUGAAAUAAUUUGUUAAGACUUUUUUUUCCCCAUAUAAUUUGUAAGUUUGAUGGAAUUUCCCUAGUAAGCAAUGGUAUCAUCUGUGAACAAUGAUGAUUGUGAUUUUCCUCAUCGAAAACUGGAAAAUUUUGUUUUACUUAUGAUGCUUAGAAUCUCCAGGAGGUCACUACGUAUGUGCUUAGAACAAAUAUUCUUCUCAUGUUCAUGUAAACAGAAAUGCUUCUGAUGUUGCAUCACAAAGGAUGGUAUUUGUUGGUUUUGAUAGAUGGUUAGGAUUUUUUAGGUAUGCUGUGUUUUACCAUGAAGGUCAAACUUUUAAAUAUUAUAUUAGCGGUAAUGUGUAAAUCAUGUUUAAGCAUUAGGAUUUCAUUUAAUCAUGAAUAUUGUAUCUUCUGGUUUUGAGUUGAUUUUCCCAUUAAUAUUUCUAUGUGGUAAAUGCCAUUGCAGAUUUUCUCAAUAAAUAUUCCUUCCAUUUGUAGUGUAAAACUAACCUGUUCCUCAUGUGUGAUUUGGUUUGUUUUUGGGCAGGACUUCACUGUUAUUUUUAUCACAUGCCUUCACUUCUAUACUGUAUGUUUAGUCGUGAGGGUCCUAAAAUGUUGUUCUUUGCAGUUUUGAAUUAACUGGAUAAUACAUGUAUAGAUUUCUUAUAGAGUUUUAGAACUGUAACGACUUUGAUUUUAA